GUUACGUGAUGUAGUUUCAAAGGUUGUGUACAUUUGUCGGGAGGGACUCCACGUCUGAAGAACACGAUGUGACAAUAAAUGCAGACGUUUCUUUAGCGGUGUUCGAGCUUCAGCCUGAGAGAAGAAACGGAAACAGUCUGUGAUCAUGACUUCUUGACCUCGUGCCCUGUUCCUUCAUCGCUAUGAGUGGUGCUGCGCUGGCUGUCGUGGUCGUGGUUGUCUUCCUCCUGGCCCUCUACCUCCUCCAGCGCUAUGGAGAUCUGCGGAAGCAGCAGCGGAUGGUCCUGUUAGGGACGCUGCUGUCCUGGUACCUCUGCUUCCUCAUCGUCUUCAUCCUGCCGCUCGAUGUCAGCACGACCAUCUACAAGCAGUGUGUCCUUGACAAUGCAAACCAGACGACUGACAGAGUUUCUCCAACCAUCAGUAUACCGAAGGCUUGUGUGGAGCCAUGGAGUUAUAUCCCAGACGGUGUCCUGCCCGUUUUCUGGAGAGUUGUAUACUGGACUUCCCAGUUUCUUACAUGGCUGCUGCUGCCCUUCAUGCAGUCGUAUGCGCGGUCGGGAGCUUUCUCCAGAGUUGGAAAGAUUAAAACGGCUCUCAUUGAAAAUGCAAUCUAUUACGGCACCUACCUCCUUAUCUUCAUCUCCCUGCUCAUCUACGUGGCUGCUCACCCACAGUGGCAGCUCUCAUGGAGAGAGCUCCAGACCAUCGGCAUUACAGCUGCCAACACCUGGGGCCUCUUCCUCCUAGUGCUGUUGCUAGGCUACGGACUGGUGGAGAUCCCACGUUCUUAUUGGCUCUCAUCUUCCCAUGGUUACCUGCUGGCCAAGACCUACUUCAAGGUGGCAAAAAUGGCUACUGAGAAAGCAGCAGCUGAGGAGAACCUAGCAGAUGUUAUGGAGAAUGUGGCAGGCGUCCAUGAAUCUGUCAGGUACAACCACCAUUUCAGGAAGUGUGUGGACACCAUUUUGACAAAGUGUCCCACUGAGUACCAAGAGGAGAUGGGAAGAAAUGUGGAAAACUCUGGUGGUGAACAGAGUGUCCUUCCUACCAAAAGAGGCCUAAUUAAUCUUCAUAAAAAAGUAAUCUUUGCAGUGCAGAGACAGGGUCAGACUCAGGUUCAGUGGUCUAUCUUGUUAGACCAGGCUUUUCACUUAGAAGAUGUAGCUAAAAGCCAAAGCAGCGCAGUCCGACACUUCGCCCACAGCUUCCCCUCAGCACACCACUACGGCUGGAUCCAUAAGUUCAUUUACUCUCCUACUGUGGAGUGGUACUGGGAGUGUGUGUUUAGGCAGAGUUUCUACAGGCUGCUGGCAGUUCUCCUGUGUCUCCUCUCAGCAGCAGUAGUCUGGUCCGAGUGCACCUUCUUCAGCACGCGCCCCGUCCUCUCCCUCUUCGCAGUCUUCGUUCACAUGGCUGAAAAACAAUACAACUACAUUUGUAUCGAGAUGGUGUGCUUUGUCAGCAUCCUCUUCCUGUGUGUCUGUGUAUACUCCACAGUGUUCAGGAUACGAGUUUUCAACUACUAUUACCUGGUGCCACAUCAUCAGACUGACGCUUAUAGCCUGCAGUUCAGCGGCAUGUUGUUUUGUCGUCUGACCCCGCCUUUGUGCCUCAACUUUCUGGGCCUAAUUCACUUGGACUCCGCCAUCUCACACCAGGACAGAAUACAGACAUCUUACACCUCUAUCAUGGGCUCAAUGCGUGUGCUGUCUUUUAUAUCUGAUGGGUUCUACAUCUAUUAUCCCAUGUUGGUAUUGCUGCUCUGCUUUGCCACUUUUUUCAGCCUGGGCUCUCGCUGUUUGAACCUCCUGGGCUUUCAUCAGUACAUCACUGAUGACGACUUGACCUCUGACCUGGUGGAUGAAGGCAGGGAACUCAUCAAAAGAGAAAGAAGAAAAAGACAGAAAGCUGAGGAUGGAGAACACAGAAGAUGGGCCUGGAGAGAGCGGUAUGGAGGCCAGGGGGCUACUGGGCGGACCAGAGCUGGUUACACUGAGUUAAAGGAUAACCAGAGCAGCCCUGUCACAGAGACCAAAAGAAGUGUUAUUACAUUCACCAGAAGAGAUGAAGAGACAGAGGAGCAGCAGAGAGGCUUACUGCAUUACAAUUCCAGUGAUGAAGGUUCACCAAACAGGAGGUCCACCGGAGGACGUUACCUAUCUCUGUCACCAUCUCGGACAGGCAUAUUUGAUGAUGUUUGAUAGACAGAAGACACUGGGGAACAGCAAAAAACUAUAUUCCAGCUACAUGCUGAAAAAUGACUACAAAUGCAUAUGUUCUUGAGGGAAGUUCAAAUGCAAAGGCUUAUACAGUAUCUCAGGAAAUAAAGAGGGAGAUCGUGUAUCUGAGAUAUGGACAUUUCACAGGGUGAAACUCUCCCAGUAGAGGGUUUUGUGCAGUAUCUCAGCUGAUUUCUCUAACUGGAAAAUUCCCUAACUGUGAAGGGAUGUUCCUCAUCCAAAGCCUUAACCUGACACACAGCCAAACCAUUUAGAACAUAUUUUUGAUACUAUAGAGUAUAGUAAUAGUGUUUUACAAGUGUAGAUAAGUGGAUGAAAGAGAUGAUGCACCUGCAGUAACUGAGGAUAAGUUGAUAAGAUGAGUCAUAAGAGUUCAUACAUUUAAUUUCUAAAAUAAAUAGCUCACUGUGUCUGAAACAAAAACAAUAAGAAAGGUGAUUGAUGUACAAAAAGGGAACAUAUCAACACUUGGAGUGACAUGACUUGAUUUUCUGUAAGUGUGUGUAUGUUUUGUAAUUGUGUGUUUACAACGCAUUAAAGUAUAAUCAUUUUACCCA